CUGAUGAUGAGCAGCCUGUUAGCAGCCGACGCUACGAAACUUAGCAUCAGCAGCUAGCGGCGCUUCGUCGUUAAAUCGCGUUUAGAGGAGUUCGCCCCCCGUCACGUGAACGCGCUUUACCGGACGUGUGAACAACGUGUGUUGUGGAAUAUCAGCGGGUUGCGAGCACGUUCUUCGCCGGCUAAGUCACGUAAAGCGAACUCUCGUCGUUUUGACAGCAGGAGCGCCCCGCUAAUUGGCUAGCUGCUAGCUGUUAGCCGGGUUAGCCGCUAGCCGACGCCAGCUGGCUAACCUGUUUGGUGAAACUACUCACACGCAAACACCUGUGUCUGCCCAGACAGACAACUGGACCUGAAUCUGUCAGAUGAUGUUCAGGGUUGAUCUCGAUGCAUCACCUGACCCUGACUCCUGGUCCGUUUAAACUAGCGAUACGUUAGUUCUCCCCAAACAAUCCCACACCUCUGCUUGGCAACACUAUGGUCAUUGACACUAACUCCACCCAGCCCACCGGGGCAAGAGUCCCCCUAAUGCAAGCCCUCCAGAUGAUAUGAUAGUAGCAGCUUGGAUCACUUUCUGUGCCUGCAGGAGCCUUGCAAAGGUUCUGCUCUUCCUUUCCUCCUCAAACUCCCUUCCCCCAUUCUGGGAGACCCUUGCCAGUGUGGUCUCCAGCUCUGGAACCAUGGGUAACAGCUGUGUGUGCCGGGAGGAUAGUGACUUGGAGGACCAUCACCACGGGUCGUCGAGGGUGACCCGGGGACAAGCCAGACGGGUGGAUCACGGUACAGGUGGAGGUUCUGACGCUGGUGAGGCAAGGAGCAGUCGGCCGAGGGAUCCAGUCCGGCCGCCGCGCCGAGGACGAGGGCCACAUGAGCCACGGCGGAAGAAGCAGAACGUGGACGGCCUGGUGCUGGACACACUGGCUGUCAUCAGGACACUUGUGGACAACGAUCAAGAGCCGCCCUACUCCAUGAUCACUUUGCAUGAGAUGGCAGAGACGGAUGACGGUUGGCUGGAGGUCGUCCAAUCUCUGAUUCGAGUGAUCCCAUUGGACGAUCCGCUAGGCCCUGCAGUGAUCACCCUUCUUUUGGAUGAGUGCCCCUUGCCCACCAAGGAUGCUUUGCAGAAGCUCUCGGACAUGUUGAGUCUGAGUUCGGCUGUAGCACAACAGGAUGCACUUAACCCCGCGAAACACAGAAACACCACAGCUGUCCUGGGAUGUCUGGCAGAGAAACUGGCCGGACCAGCCAGUAUCGGACUGUUGAGCCCUGGAACCCUUGAGUAUCUUCUGGAGAGCCUGAGUUCUGAGGCUCAUCCCACUGUCAUGCUGUUUGCUCUCAUCGCUUUGGAGAAGUUCUCCCAGACCAGUGAGAACAAACUGACAGUGUCCCAGUCUUGUAUCAGUAAUCGACUCUCUGUCCUGGAGUCGUGGUCAGAACAUCCCGACUACUUGAAGAGGCAGGUGGGAUUCUGUUCACAGUGGAGCCUCGACAAUUUGUUUCUUAAGGAUGGUCGUCAAUUCACCUACGAGAAGGUCAACCUCACUAAUAUCAACGCCAUGCUGAACAGCAACGACGUCAGCGAGUACCUCAAGAUUUCCCCCUCUGGGCUGGAGGCUCGAUGUGACGCCUCUUCCUUUGAGAGCGUGCGUUGUACGUUUUGUGUGGAUUCAGGCGUUUGGUACUAUGAGGUGACGGUCAUCACGUCAGGCGUGAUGCAAAUCGGAUGGGCCACCAAGGACAGCAAGUUCCUCAACCAUGAGGGAUAUGGAAUUGGAGAUGAUGAAUACUCGUGUGCGUACGAUGGCUGCAGGCAGCUCAUCUGGUACAACGCUCGCAGUAAACCUCACUCUCAUCCCUGCUGGAAAGAGGGAGAUGCCAUUGGCUUCCUGUUGGACCUCAGCAAGAAGCAGAUGAUCUUUUAUCUAAAUGGACAUCAGCUGCCACCAGAGAAACAGGUCUUCUCAUCGGCCACGUCGGGUUUCUUCGCUGCAGCCAGCUUCAUGUCAUACCAGCAGUGUGAGUUUAACUUUGGGGCCAAGCCUUUCCGUCACCCACCCUCGGUCAAGUUCAGCACCUUCAACGACUUCGCUGCACUGCUGCCCAGUGAAAAGAUCAUCCUCCCCAGACAUCGCCGUCUGGCCUUACUAAAGCAGGUUAGCAUCCGGGACAACUGCUGCACACUGUGUUGUGACGUUAUGGCCGACACGGAGCUGCGGCCCUGUGGACAUGGUGGUAUGUGUAUGGAGUGUGCCUUACAGUUAGAGACGUGCCCCUUGUGCCGCCAGGACAUCCAGACCCGAGUAAGACUCAUUGCACAUGUCUCCUGACACACUUCCUGUCCCUCCUCCGGUAAGGAGAGACAUGCAAGCCCAACAGCCUCCUCCUCCUCCUCUAAUCCCCUCCCAUCCAAUGGGGCUGCGAGGAUGGUGCCACAAUGCUGUGAUGACGCCAGAACUGUGAGUUCUGGUCAGAGGAGACGGCGACGGAGGGGUGGAGAGAAGAAAGAGAGGAAAUAAGAGGAGGGGAAUCGAACCACAGCUGGAUCCCUCAUUAACCUGUAUCUCCUCUUUUUGUAUCGUUCUGACGCCUCCUUGCAGAAGCUGGGCCAAGAAUCUUCAUCUUCUACAGACAGUGUGUUUGUCAGAUUUAUUUAAAAAUAUAAGAAAAGAGCAGGCGCGAGGAGCAGAAACAAUUUGACCAGAUUAAAGACAGAACCAUCUUCUCAUCUGCAGCUCCCCCCCAUCAAGUUAUCAGAAACAAGGCACCCGCUGCGCUUUCAGCACAGAGGCUACAGCUAUUUAAUCCCCCCCAUGCACACGUCUGCAAAUCUGAAAGGGGCGGAUAGCUGGAAAGAAAGCUGCCUGCAGUACAGUAUUAAAGCCACGGUACAGAUAAAUCCGAGAUGUAUCACGUAUGUCAUGUUUUUGGGUAUAGAUAUUCGAAUUGUGUUGUUCUUGAGGUAGCAUUUUCAUUCUUUUCUCAAGGUUGUACCAAAACCUCUCCUUUUAAUCUGCUUCACUGUCUGUACUGAUUAAUCGCCCAGUGGGUGUUCGCCUUCAGAAAGAUAUUCUAGAACUUACUCCUUGUGUAAAAGAACUUCAAAUUUGCAGGAUUAUUCCUCGAGUGAAGUUUUCUGAUUUGAAGUUAUUUACAAAAGAUGUUUAAACUCAAAUCAGUGGUGGAACAAGAGAGAAAAUAAAUGCCAUAUUUCUUUCUUUUUUAGAAACGGUAAAGACACUACAUACUUGAAUCUCUAUUAGGACUAACUGAUUUUCAGCGUGGCUGACCCUGCUGCUUUUUGUGCUGUAGUCUUUGCUCAGAUGUCGAUCUUUACAUGUGUAUGUUGCAACCACAAGAAAAUAAAUACACAGGGAUUCAGAUUUACAGAGACUUCAUCUGUAAAAUGAAAAGUUUUUUCACCCCAAUUUUAAUAUUUGAGGAGCCAGUGUGAGGGACGUGUGCGUCAGUGAACCUUCACGCACCACCUCUGAAGUUCUUCAUGGAUUUCUUGGUUGCAGCAGCGAAACAAAGUCUUAAUUUUAGUUUGUGAUCACACAAACACGUGUGUCUGUAUAAAGACGAUAUUUUCAAUCCACAAGAUGUGAUUACAUUUUGUUUUAGAUGGCUGGAAACUACAGCAGAUCUUGUUGAUCAUCACCUGAUCAGUAAAUCCUUUAAAACAAAUGUGAAUUGUCUUUACUCUUCAUCAGUUUACUGAACACCCCACGGUCAAUCUUAAGAUGGGUUCAUACUUGAAAUAAAUUUGCAAAGAAACGGUGACAUGGCCUAAACUUUUUGAUAUUUCUUGCAGGGUUGAUCUUUUCAGACUCGAGGUUUAUCCUUCCCUCUCUCCUCUAUGUAACACUGCACUUCUCUCUGCUCUUUUCUUUUCUCCAUCUUUCUCCCUGUGUCUUCAGUCGUGUGUUUUCCAUCUAUCUCUCUGUCUAUCCUUUACUUGAAGCAUCUCUUGGUUGACGGAAAGAGAUUUAUCUUUUGGAAACGGGUGACAAGAUGAACAUGAGACUUCGAUUUACGGGAAUAUCCUGUUUGUGUGAUUAAAAAGAGAAUUUAACGACAAUUCAAAUUAACAGAACACUGAAAAUUUUCAAAUUUACUUCAGUCAAAUUGUUUAUGAAAGAGUUUUUACUCAACCAAAUUGCAUGAGCAAGGUCUGUAAUAUCAUUUAGACUAUACUGGAAUGGUUUAUUAAAGAUAACAUGCAUAUCUCAGUAUAACAAUUGACUGCUCUGUUCCCUGUUUGCUACCUUGUAUUUCCUGGAGCACCUUACACAUGCAAGUGAAAGAAAUUAUAUGGUUGUCCCCAUGGUUGGAGAUGAACUUCAUGAUUGUAAAGAAUAAGUUGUGAGCUGUAUUUAAAACAUCUAUAAAGGAAUUUUGCCUCGGAGUUCCCAAAGAUGUGAUUUAUUGACGAAUUGCUGUUUCCUGGAUUGUGAUAUUUGUAAUAAAUGUAUGUUCAUGCUUA